AUGCAACCAGAUGAUGAUGGAGUUAUUUGUCGUGAAAGAAUCAAGCCAAGGAAGCUGUCAAAAUCACAGAAUAUAGUUCAUCGACUCAGAAAUCGCGAACAUUUUGGAUACAAAACAGAUAUUUCGUAUUUAGAGUUUUAUCAAAAUGUUUAUCCUAAUUUAACUGUAGCUAAUAUCGAAAAACCGGCAUGCUAUUUAAGGAAAUUCAGUCCUUGUGGACGGUAUCUGAUUGCAUUCAGUUCCGAUCAAGCUUCGCUGGAAAUAUACGAGUUUCGUGGGUGUUCAGCUGCUGGUGAAUUGAUUAAUGAAUGGACUGACGAAGUGGUGCCCAACAUUAAUAAGGAUAAAGCUUAUGAAAUUAGGAACAAAAUAUUCGAUAAACUCUUUAAACUCAAACAUGUCGUCAAUAUGGAUUCUAGUGAGAAACAGUUGAACAGAGAGUGCAGUUUAUUCUGUAAUGAUGGCAAGCAUGUGAUUGUUGGAGCUGCAAUUUUGAUUUCUGAUGACUUACGGCCUCAUUUCUAUGAACUUUAUACGAACAAUGAAUUUAUAUCUACAACAGCAAAUUGUCCAUUAGAGGAUUACACACUUUACAUCAUUGAUCUUAUUGAAGGACGAAUAACAGAUUCCAUUGAAUUUAAAAUUGACAAGAUAAUUUUAUCGCACAAUCAAGGACUAUAUUUAUACAAUGAUACACUAGCUGUACUCUCAAUACAGCAUCAAACCAUUCACAUUUAUCACAUUCUCGAUGGUACUUUUAUGCAUGUUCGACAAAUUGGAAGAUUCUGCUGUAAUGAGGAACAAUUUUUAUACACAUCGACGUCAUUAAAUACAAAUCGAGCUUUUCGAGAACCGACUAUAAAUAGUCUUAAGCAUAGAAUUUUAGUAUACUUAUAUCAGCAAGCCAAGCUGAAAACUGAGGAUGGUGAUCGAGUAGCUUUAAGGAAAUUUUAUCAAAAUUUUGAUCAAUAUUUAGGAUUAAGAAUGUGGAAGAUUCAGCUACUGGACGAAGAUCAUUUACUUAUAAAGUAUUCAAGUGAAGAAGUUGUAACACUAAAAGUCCAUGAACCCAACAGUCAUACGUCAUUUUUCGUGAUCUACAAUAUAUGGGAAAAGAAGAUUUUAGCAGUUUAUAAUAACGUUAGCGAGGAGCUGUUAUAUUUAUUUGAAAAUUUCUGUGAUUCAUUUCGUAAUGCGAAACUAUCAUCCAUUUCACAAUGGACAUGCUCGCCAAGCAACAACAUUUAUGCAAAUUUAUUGCAUCAGAGAUUCAAGCAGACAAUAAUCUCAGCAAAAGGAGGUGGAACAAUUGAAGCUACAAAGAGAAUUAAUGCACAACUUCCAAUUAGUGCUCAAAGCUAUUCAUCUAGUCCAUAUCUGGAUCUUUCAUUAUUUCGUUAUGACGAUAAGUGGGUAUCAAUAAUGGAACGUCCAAAAGCAGCGAGUGAAUUUCCAAUUCGUUUUUUUGCACGUGAUUCCGAUUUGCUUAGAUUUCGAAUUCAUGCUGUCCAAAAGUCUGGAUUGCCUGGACGAAGACUUGUUGCCUUCUGUUUUCAUCCAUUUCAGCCAUUUGCUAUAAGCGUACAAAGGAUUAAUACCGAUUAUAUUGUCAAUUUCCAUUUAUGGAGCUCGAAUGUCAGAAUAAUGAAAUAA